AUGCGGUCUGUGUUGUCCUCCCUACUGGCCGUGGCCCUGGCCACCGUCGUCUCUGCGGAGAGCACUACCAUCGAAAUGUUCAAUGCCGGAGAGGCAACGUUGAGCCUGACUAGCGUUCGCGCCAGUAUCGUCGGUGCCAACGCAGACGCCACUACCUAUGCCGUGGACUGUCAAGAUGGCGCCCCGGUGACAGUAUGCCCACUCAACUCACCGAUUACUAUAACCGAAGGCCCCUCGACAUUCACCAUGAGCGCCGUUUAUUCAACCAAGACGAGGGGCGCGGACGCCAAAGUCACCAUGGUGCAGGACUGCGACAUCACCUCCUCGACACAAGGCGCCUCUUGUUCGGUUUCCGUCGGCAUGGAACUCACUGUGCGCGGGCAGUCGACUUCUACGGGUACCUCGACCAUCACCUCCUUCGCCUCCGACGAUAUCUACUAUCAGCCCAUGACGGUUACUGCGGGCGCAGAAAAACUGAAUGCGCCCCAGGCGACGGAAAAAUCGGAUGUCGCGGCGCGAAAUGGCGGCGUGAGCGGUGCUGCUGCCGUCGCUCUUGCCGGAGCGGCGCUGAAAUUCUUUUAUUAG